GCCCUCUGAGAUGGAAUCGUACGGCUCUUCGCUCGACCGCAGCCAGUCGCUGGCGAGCGGCCUGGAGAAGACGUCUCUCGGGUGGAACAAACCGUCCCACUCCCGGAGCAGUAGCACUCUGUCGUCUCGCCACUCCAGGCAGAUUAUCAAAGACUGGGAAGUGAUCGACGACCUUCAUGUAGAAAUGCAACCCGGAGGCGACAAUCCUCAGGACAUGACUGCCCCCGGUAUCUGUGAGGGGUAUCUUCUCAAGAGGAGGAAGUGGCCACUGAAAGGUUGGCACAAGCGGUACUUUGUCCUGGAGGCCGGGGUCUUGCGCUACUCCAAAAAUCAACAGGAUGUCUCCAGGGGACGGGUCCAGGGCUCCCUGGAUGUCAGCCUUGCUGUGAUGUCGAUUAAUAAGAAAUCAAACCGCAUUGACUUGGAUGCAGGGGACAUCCUCUACCAUAUGAAGGCAAAGAGCCCCGACCUCUUCUACAUCUGGGUGACCAAGCUACAGGCCCACCGCUUCUUCAAGAAGAACGAGGCAGCUCACGCCCACAGCGGCUUCCACCGGACUCUGUCCCACAGCACCGCGGCCGGACAAGCCCAGAGGAACGGAGACUUGGGCUCCGCAGGGGCGCUGGAUUCAGCCGGAGCAUCCGGGGUGCUGCCCUCAGCUAACACUGCCGCCAACAGCAAAGUCUCUGCCUGGCUGCAGCAAAGUCACGACCCAGACACCUGCGUUCAAGAGUUGAACCGGUGCCACUUGGACCUCUCUGAGCUAAACCGCUUAGUCCAGAGGCUGCAGGCGCUGGAGGUGGGCCAGGCCUUCACGAAUGGAGACCUGCAGCGGAUCAUCAGCAUACAGAAUCUCUCACUUGAGAAGCCGAAGAAGACCAAGUCGGUGAAGAUGUGGGGCCACUCUCGCACACUGUCCAGAGUGGAGGCCCUGGGAAUGCUGUCCUCCAGUCACCUGAGCAGCUCAUCUCACCUCGGCGCGUCGGUCCCCUCUAUCCCCGACUACGUCAACUCUCAGCUUCCCUCCUCUACUGUCACGUCGCCCGAGGGCAAGAAAAUCCAGCAGGACAUCUGCGCCAUGUCGCUACGGGUGCUUGCAUCACUGAAGUCAGUCCAUGAGACUCUGUCCCAGGAGAGGCAGAAACUGCAAGAAGUCUGGGAAUCUAACAACAUCCACCAGUCUCACACACUAGCUGAGCCUGCGGCCGCGAGGCGUUCGCCCCACGGCCCCCCUUCCGUGGCAGACUCGGCUGCGGAGUACUUUGACGCCAGCGAUGACAUCCAUUGUGGUAGCUCCUCUGAGGUGUCUGAGGAAUCGGGACUUAGUGACGGAAGCACCACCAACUCGGAGCCGGAGGAAGGACAUGCAUCAGCCACCCACAAGUACCGUGCUAGCAUUUCCAGGACUCCUAACAGCGUUGCUCCCAAGCGCACCAGAUGUCGAACUACACUGCCUGCCCACUGUCCUGACAACAGCCAUGUGGGCCUCAUGGCUAUCCUCUACAAUAACAUAGGUAAGGACUUGGCCCGAGUGUCCAUGCCCGCGGCUCUCAACGAGCCGGUCAACCUGCUGCAGAGGCUGUGCGAGGAGCUGGAGUACAGUGAGCUGCUGGACACUGCCAACAACACGCCGGACCCCUACCAGAGGAUGGUUUACAUUGCUGCCUUUGCUAUCUCUGGUUACUCCACUGCGACGUUCAGAAACCGCUACAAGCCCUUUAACCCGGUGCUGGGGGAGACCUACGAGUGCAUCAGAGAGGACCAGGGCUUCAGCCUCAUCAGUGAGCAGGUCUGCCACCAUCCGCCCAUCUCGGCCUGCCAUGCGGACUCAGAGAACUUCUCUUUUUGGCAAGACCAGCGGUGGAAAAAUAAAUUCUGGGGGAAGUCACUGGAGAUUCUGCCGACAGGAAUGGUGAACGUGACUCUUCCGAGGUAUGGCGACCACUACGAGUGGAACAAAGUAGUGACCUGCAUCCAUAAUGUCCUCAGUCAGCAGCGCUAUCUGGAGCAUUACGGAGAGGUCACCAUCCGAAACCUCAAAAGCAACGUCUGCACCUGCAAGAUUACCUUCGUCAAGUCCCGUUACUGGGGUUCAGACACAAACAAGAACGAGGUGCAGGGCACGGUGCUGGACCAAAGCGGGAGCGUCAUUCACCGGUUUGGAGGUCUGUGGCAUGAAGGCAUCUUCUGUGACACUCUGCCGACUCCAAAAUGUGUCUGGAAGCCAAAUCCCCAGCCACAGGAUUACCUGCGGUACUAUGGCUUCUCCACCUUUGCCAUGGAGCUGAAUGAGCUCUCGCCAGACCUGAAGCCUCUCCUGCCUCCCACAGACAGCCGCCUCCGCCCGGACCAAAGAUUGCUGGAGGAGGGAAAGGUGGAUGACGCAGACAGAAAGAAGGAUGAGAUAGAGGAAAACCAGAGGGAGCGGAGAAAAGAGCUCGCCAAAAGAGGGGAAGAGCAUGUUCCACGUUUUUUCAAGAAAGCCAAAGAUUCCUGUGGACGGGACGUGUGGUUGACAAACGGGACCUACUGGAAGCUCAGAGAGAACCCGGGCUUCGCCAAUAUCGACAACAUAGCUCUGUGGUGAGGGGACGUUGGUGGCGGCGAGCGGCGACAGGCAGAGGCACAUGAGAGGCAGAGGUCGAAAAAAUACCGGCGGUAGUUCUUUGAACAGCAUACAUGAACCGCUCUGGGAAACACGUGCAGAGUGGAGACAGUGCUGCCGAGCUGCUCUUUAUUUCUUCGGUACGCCCAUGACUGGCUCACGGGAAUCCUCAGCACGCGACAUAGUCUCAGAGAGUCACCUGUCGAGUUACCCAGAAUUCGUUACAUAUCAAGACACGUAGAGUGAACUUUCUCAUUAAGAUUCAUUUUUUUAAUGCAUUUUAUUUAUUUAUUUAUUUUCUAGAUAACUCCAAUCAACGUAUAUAUGUUUAUUCAUUUGAGAAUUUCUUUUUUUUUUUGCCGAAAAGAGCGUAUGUGACGCACACUCGGUGGACCUUAAAUGAAAACUCCUUUAAAGCUGUCAAAAUUGCAUUUUUCUGUCAUGUUAGUAAGAGGCCUGUUAUAUUAGAGCAUUGCAUGUAAACAUUCAGUCAAAUCAUGUUCUCCUCUCAGCCAGCUGACAGCUCGCAGUUUAUGAUGAGCACAGUUGCUUGACCUGCUACAGUGAGGGCUGGAAAAGUGGCCCACUGUCCCCAGGCCUGCAACGGGGGGCCGGCUGGUUUGUGGUAAUUUGAUUUAAUGCGAAUUUAUUUGGGGAAUACGCACCAGUAAAGCGCAGUAAAGAUAAGAGCCUUAAAGGGGCUAGAAUCGAUAUUUUUAAAAAUCACAGUCUAUCAAAUGACAGUGUGUAAGUCAGUUUCUUAUCUUACGUGACAGAGAAAAAGAUCAAAUCUUCACAUUUGAGAAGCUUGAAACCAGAAAAUGGUUUUUGCGGCUGAUUGAUUAUUUGAUUGAUCAGAAAAAGAGAGGCCGAAAACAGAGCUGACCGAGGGUGAACGUUAAGACUUGAAUUCAUCAGGUUUUCCAACGAGUUCACCAUGUCAAAGUAAAAGGUGAUGAUAUGUCAGAGCUGGGGGCUCGGGGGGGGGGGCGGCUCCUGGCCACGGCUGCCGUAUACUUACAGCAUCUGGCUGCCUGUCCGGAGGUGCAGCAGUGCUGACGUAUUGCACAUGAAGCACUCCAACUUGGUACGUGUGGCUUUCCCACGACUAAGAAGCGAGUAUGAUGCUGAAGACGAUGGUUAUCACCUGCCUAGAGGAGGAUGUUUUGUCGACUAAAUUUCAGACCCUGUCUGUCAGAAUACUUUGGUCACUGCUAACAUAGAUCAUGUGCUGGUGCAGCAUCUACA